AGUGAUAUUGAAAUAUGCAAAGUGAAGACCCUCUAUUUUAGUUUAACAUGUGAGAAUAUACAGUCGAAUACGACGCAUCCAAUGGCAAAAACCCGACCGCUUGAAGCUAUAAUAUCCUUGAAAUCCAAGUCUUCCAAUAAGUAUGUUAGAGUAACCGUUUAAAAUGUAAAAUCGACGUGGCCCUUCAGAUAAGGCCUAUGAGGAAAAACGGCUUAUGCCAUCGUAAUCAGCGCAUUGAGCUCUACAAACUGGUAUAUAUCGCAUUCGAAAAUCAGCGUGGCGCUUGAGGGCCUUCCCUCAUCAGUUAAAGUAAGGAAAUAAUCUUUCUAAACUAAGAUAAAUAAGACAUAAAUGUUUACAAAUUUUAUUUUAAGAUCGCCCAUCAGCACCAUAUCAGCCGAUUAUCAGUCAAACAUCAAUUAAUUCAACAACAUUGGUUUUAAAUUGGCGUAAAGAUUCUGAUUUUAACUAUAGUCCGAUUAGAUAUUCAAUAAUACAAUAUGAAAUAGCUGAUAAAUGGUAUAAUUACAAAGAAAAACCAGAAGGACAAAUAACCUCUCUGUUAAUCAAAGGGCUCGAACCAAAUUCUAAAUAUCGUUUUCGUCUAGCAGCACAAAAUGAUAUUGGUAUCAGUGACUACAGUCGCCCAACAAAUUUUAUCACGACGAAAGAAGCUUUACCAAGUUUAAAGUUAGAAAUUGAUGAAAUAAACAGAGAACAUCCAUGUCAAAUCAAUUUACACAUAAAGCAAUUCAAUUCCCACCGAUCCGAUGCUAUGCAGUUAAAAAUUCUCUAUAAACAAUUGAGUUCUGAAACAUUUGAAACUGUUCUAUUUCCAAUAACAAACACUUCUAUUCAUAUGUCAAAUAUUUGUUCGUCAUCUGUCGUUGUUCAAUCAGUUUAUAUUCUAUUUAUUUGUUUGACAAAUUCUGUUGGGGACGGUCCAUUAUCGCACGCAAAAUAUUUUCAUUUAAAUCAAUAUUCUCCAAAUAAAACUGUUGAAUUAGUUUCAGCACAACCAAUUAGUUCAAAUCAAAUUAAUCUUGAAUGGACACGAGUAAAUGAUAUUAAUGGAUAUCAAAUUCAAUGGUUUGAAAAUGAAACAUCCAAUGAGAUUGUACGAAAGCGACGAAAUAUUAUGAAUAACACAAUUAUUGUUUCAAAUCAUGAAAGUUCAACAUUAUUAGAGAAUUUAAAACCAUAUACAAUAUAUGAUAUAUACGUCACAACUUUUAAUGUGUUUGGUAAUGGACCAGUAAAUAUGGUAAAUCGAGUUCGAACACAUGAAGCGCCUCCAAGUUUUAUUACAAAAUUGAUAUUUUCUUAUGUCACCUAUACAUCAUUAGAUUUAUCGUGGUCAGAGCCCUCAGAUCGAAACGGUUUAUUGAGAACAUUUGAAUUAGUUUAUUCGUCCUUACCUAACACUGAGAAUAAUAACAAUAAUAGUUCAACGUUAAUAAAAACUAUAAAACAAGUGAUUACAUAUCCGACAAUGUCCUUGAAGAUUGAUGAUUUAGAAUCUCGACAAUUGUACGACUUUCAAAUAUGUGCAUGUACCAUAGUAUGUGGACCAGUAGUAAAGCAAACAAUCAGAACUGGUCCACAACCUAAUUCUCCAACAUUUCCAAGUGAUUUUACCUUUUCGAAUGAAAAAAAUGAACUCAUAUGGAAACCAGUGACAAAUAGUGAAUACUAUCUUCUCGAAUAUGCUUCAGUAACAACAGACGAAAAUAAAUGGAAUAAACUAGAUAAAACAACAAAAUCCCUUUAUCAUAUAGAUUAUACACAGUUAUUUCCUCAAGCGUCAAACGAUACUUACACAUUUCGAGUUUAUUCAAUGAAUCAUUAUGGUAUUAGCGAAGCGAGUUCUAUACUACGGAUAACUUCCACUGAACUCUUACCUCGUUCAGCAUCCUCGCCUUCGUCCAUCAUUGCCACAGUAAAAACAUUUAUUACAAAUAGUGGUUAUCUAUUUUUUAUUCUAUUAGCAUUAGUCGGUUUACUCUUAUUAAUGGUCGUUUGCAUAAUUCUUACCUGUUGUUGUUGUUGUUACCGUCAACGACGUAAGAACAAAUUAGGAUCACGAACGAAUACUAUGAGUACAGCAUUGGAUGAUGUCACAGCAACAUUUCAACGAACAGAAUCAAAACGAAGUUUACACCGUGAUAGUUUAGCUCUUAGUGAUAUAUACAAUAAUAGUUGUGGUGCACGUACUCCGCCGAGACCAGCUCCUUUAUCUUCAACUCUCGAUGGUCGACGAUCAGCGUUGUUAUACGAUGAUUUGAACAGUAAUAAAAGUUUAUUAGAUGAAUAUUCAUUGAAGACAAAUUUAAGUUGUGCUGAUAAUGAAAGUUCAAAAUAUCCGUGGUAUCAAUUACCCCAACAACUGUAUACUUACAUGUCUAAUAAUCAUAUACGUGAGCAAGAAGAUGACGAGAGUGAAACACAAUCGACCAGUGUACAAAGUGUAAAUAUAAAUGGUGGUGCAAAUGGAGGGCAUAUUUUGAUGCAAAAUGUGCCUAAAUCAAGAAAACCAGUGGCUGGUGUGUCGUCAUUUGUAUGA